CAGUUUUCAGAAUUAGAGAGAGAGGAGUGUAUUUUGGGGUUGAGUGAGAAAAUGAUCGCUCGUAGUGUGGUCUCUCCUGGUUCACGCCUCGCGAGGCGGUUCUGUACAGCGGUUUCAGCUCAGGCAGCCGGCGGCGAGGCUUCCGCUUCUGCUCCGCCUCCGCCGGCAGCGAAGACGGCGGCUGAGUCGAGGGCAGCGACGAGUAAGCAUCGCUCGUUGUACAGGACACUAUCGGGGCUUGGGGCGGAUGCAGGGACAGUGGCAGGAGCGUUGAAUCAGUUCAUAUUGGAGGGUAAUCCCGUCAGAAAAGACGAGCUCGUUCGCUGCAUCAAGGAGCUCAGAAGGUUCCGUCGAUACCAGCAUGCCCUCGAGGUAUAUGAGUGGCUGGAGAAAAGGAAAGUUACAUUUUCUGUCACCGACCAUGCAAUGCGUUUGGAUCUUAUUGCAAAGACCAAAGGUUUAGAGGUGGCUGAAAGUUUCUUUAAUAGCCUCGACCCUGCUGCCAAGAAUGUGUCGACUUACGGGUCGAUGUUGAACUGCUACUGCACGGGUCUUAUUGAAGAAAAGGCGAAGACCCAUUUUCAGAAGAUGAGUGAUCUCAAUCUUGUUGCAAAUUCUUUACCGUUUAAUAAUAUGAUGGGCAUGUAUAUGCGGCUGGGUCAACCUGAGAAGGUAUCCGGGUUGGUUGAUGAGAUGAAACAGAGGAACAUCUCCCCCUGUAGUGUUUCUUACUCUAUCUGGAUGCAGAGCUGUAGCAGUUUAAACGACAUAGAUGGAGUGGAGAAUGUUCUUACCGAGAUGGCCAAUGAUAGCGAAGAUAAAUCUACGUGGAACACAUUUGCUAAUCUGGCGGCAAUCUACACUAAAGCUGGGCUUAUUGAGAAGGCAGAGUUGGCCCUGAAAUCUCUGGAGGAAAAGAUGAAUCCUCGCAACCGUGAUUCCUACCAUUUUCUCCUUAGUUUGUAUGCUGGAACUUCGAAUCAUUCUGAAGUUUACCGAGUUUGGGACACUUUAAAGACGUCUCUCCCUGAGGUGAACAACACGAGCUAUCUUGUCAUGCUUCAAGCACUAAACAAGCUAAAUGACACAGAUGGAGUUCGGAAACUCUUUGAGGAAUGGGAAUCACGAUAUCGUACUUAUGACAUGAGGUUGGCAAAUCUCGGGAUUAGCAGCUACUUGAAAGGAGACAUGUACCAAGAAGCCGAGGCUGUUCUUUCUGAUGCCAUGCAAAAGUGUAAAGGGCCAUUCUCAAAGGCAAGACAACUUCUCACGAUCCACCUGUUGAAGAAAGGGGAAGCGGGUUCGGCUCUGAAGCAUUUGGAAGCAGCUGUUUCUGGGGAGAAGAAAGACGACUGGAACUGGAGCUCGGAAUUGAUCGAAUCUUUCUUUCUUCACUACCAGAAAACGGAAGACGUCGAUGGAGCAGAAGAAUUCUGCAGAAUUCUGAAGCAUUUCAGGCCUUUUGAUUCGGACAUUUACACUCUUCUUCUGAAGACUUAUGUUGCUGCAGGGAAAACGUCUCCAGAUAUGCAGGAGAGGCUGGAGGGAGAUGCGAUCGAAGUGAACGAUGAGCUCAAGGAAUUGCUUCACAAGGUUUGCCCUUAACUAUUACUAUUAACCAUUCUAUGAUGGAUGAGUCUUUGUUCUAUGAUGGGGAAGCAGAUACCAAUGUGAUAAGGAUCCUCGAUCGGUUACUAGUUUCUUCUUCUUGUGUCAUGAAUCUUGAUAUUUUGUACUACUAAAUGAUAAUAUUGUUGGGUGGGUGGACAUUCUUGGUUUGUGGAAAUCUUCUGUGUGAAAUAACACAUCCUAUUAUGACA